AUUCAGCAUUCGGUUGUACCCUCUCGUGUCACUUCUGGUUGCAAAAAAACAUAUGGCGUCGGCCGAAAUGCUGAACUACAGGCUUCAAAAUGGCAGUCUAGAAACCAAUGGAUGUCGUCAGUGACUACUUUUACUUCUUCUUAUACACUGUCUAUGGUACAGACCUAUAAUUAAUGAUGCUUUAUCGCCAAAAGUCAGUUAACACUCCUUUAAAUUCAUGUGUACUCUUAUCUAGGUUGUGAAUGACUGAGCUAACCAAACCCCCUGUAAUAGUAACACAUCUGACCUUCCAGACUCUUCUGGUGUAUGAUCUGAUAAAGCGGAGCUACGUGAGGAGACAGACUGGGAUCACAGAUAUUCCCUGUCCUCAGCAUGAGUACCGUCUUCUGGAGGACGGACAGCCUCUUCUGGGCCUAUCAGAGACCAGAGCUCAUCUGGUCCUCUGGGAUCUGGACUCUGGCUCUAUCAAGCAUGAGAUCACGCCGUCCCACAGAGAGUCGCUCCUGUGCAGCGUCCAAGACCUGCAGCCCGAUGUGACGCCGCGCAGAGAGAUGACACUGAUGCCGUGGGAGCUCCGCACAGAGAGCCAGUCAGCAAAGAAGAGCAGGCUGGAGCGACAGACCCAGAGGGAGAAGGAGGCCAAGAGGAGGCUGGACAGAGAGAAAUACAACUCUAUAGACCAGUACCUCCUUAGCGGAGAUGAACAGGUGGUGGUGUGCUCUUACUUUGCUCACCACCUCAAUGUCUUCAGCGUGGCUCAGCAGGAACACCUCCACACCCUGGAGGAUAAAACGUCAGAGCUGAGCCUCCACACUGCAGCCGUGACCUACAGCGGCCAUCACCUGGUGCUGACCAUGUCUUUGGGGUCACAGGGAGCAACAGGUACAUGUGUUCACCUUUCAGUACUGAUGACACUGAACCGUAGACCUCUGACAACUAUCUCAAAACUUUUCCUCAUUUUAAUACUCCGAUUGAAACUCAACUUUUAUGCUUUUCUUCAUAUCUUGUUUAAUUUAUCUAUUUGGCUGCUCCCUGAAAAUCUUGUUGUAUCUUAUGGUACUGCAUUUUAUGUAUAUCUGUGAAGCACCUUGUAACUCUGGUUUUGAAAAGUUCUGGAAAGUAAAAGUAAAGUUCCUGUUUUUAUCCUGCGUUAGAUAUCAGUCUCAUGUCUGUGUGGUACCAUGCAGCUGGAACAAGGACGUUCUUUAGAGACCAUUUCACAGUUGUAAAUUCCAAGUAUGACCCAGUGUAUUUCCUGCUGCAGUGCAAGGACUAUAUGAGUAGGAUAUAGUUGUUGCUGCAGAGUAUAUGAAUGGCAUAAGUUGACACUAAGUAAAAAUGGACCCAGGCUGUUGCCUAGCGAUGCUAAUUUCUUUGUAACUGUCAAUAUGGUCAGGCUGGACUGAUCAUUCUGAUGCUAUGUUAACCUAGCAUGAAGACCUUUUCAUCUCCGUGCUAGUAUAAAGGGAUAGUUUUGAUGUUUUGAAGGGUGGUUGUAUGAGGUAUUUCUCCAUAGUCUGGGUAUUACUACAGCAGACGGAGGUUAGAGAAACAGACCGGAGUGUCAGCACAAGAGCAAAGUAGAGAACCUCUUCAAAAUAAGAAAUAAGAAUAUGAGCGGGUUCUCCUACAGUGGGCACAUGGGAGAAGUUUCAGAUGGUUGCAAUCUGCUGCCUCACCGCUAGAUGCCGGCAAAUGCUACACACUGCACCUUUAAGUGGAGUAUUUUCACCACUUUACAUUGCCAUAAGUGAGCCCUUACCCAUGAGGAGCUGAAGCCGUCAUCUAGGCUCUUCAAAGCCUCAGCUGGUCCAUCACAGUCAUGUAACGGCAACUCAGCCACUUUCAUGAAAAGUAAGCAACCUCCACUCGCCAAGGAAGACCGUGAGAUGGGGUUGAAAGCUCCAGAAAAAGCUUCUAUGAGCUUAUGCCAUUCACACACUUAAUAAACAGAUUCAUAUUUACCAGGAGAACAGGUUAGUCCAGCUGUCAGCCUUCUCUUUCUGCAACAUAUACUUCAAAACACAAGAUAAUGAUGCUCAUCAC